CAGGUGGAGGUGGAGCAGCGGGAGGGAGGGACAGCCAGCCCUUCCCAGGGCCUGGCGCCCGGGGAUUGGGGCAGCGGGAGCGCCGGCCAGGGCAGGGGCUGAACUGGGAGGAGGAAUAGAUAAACUACUAAAACAGAAAGGGGAAAAAAAAAAAAACGAGAGAAAUUCCAAGCACUGAUCUGGCCGGUCGGGUCGGCUCAAGCGGGAGGCGACGAGCAGGAAGCCUGCGGCUGGGGAAGCUCCAAAGGCCCAGCCCGCCCUGUGGCACAGGCAGGUGGACUUUGUCCCCCACGGGAGAUGCUGGCAGCGCCCGCGCCUGUCAUCUGAGCGCGCCAUGGCAGACCUUUGCAGUGUGCCCCCCGAAAUCCUGGUGCCGGCUGCCAACGAGACGCUGGAGCUGGUGCUGGGCAGCCAGGUCGAGCUGAACUGCACUGUGCGCUGGGCGGGCACCGAGCACUGCCAGCCCAUUCCCACCUGGAGCAAGGACGGGCAGUGGCUGGGCAGGGGCAGCAGCCAGGACACUGUCUGGUCUGGCCGAAACUCCUCGGAGCAGCUCCUGGCCAGCGUCCUGCAGCUCAACCUCACCCAGGAUGCCGAUUUUGGGGUGUUUGCCUGCUGGAUCAGCAAUGCCACGGCCACCUUCACCCUGCGGCGAGCAGAGGCAGUGGGGCACGUGCCAGCCGUGCUGGCAGCCCUCCUGGUCCUGCUGCUCCUGGUGCUCCUGGCUGUGCUCUACGUCCAGUGCCGCCUGAACGCGCUGCUCUGGUACCGGGACCACUACGGAGAGCUGGAGAUCAACGAUGGGAAGCUGUACGAUGCCUACGUCUCCCACGCCAAUGCCCCCGAUGAUCGGAAGUUCAUCCACUUCAUCGUGAAGCCGCAGCUGGAAAACCGCCACGGCUACAAGCUCUUCCUGGAUGAACAGAACAUCCUGCCCAACUCAGAACCAUCAGCUGACCUCAUCAUGAAUGUCAGCCGGUGCCGGCGCCUCAUUGUGGUGCUCUCCGUGGCGUACCUGGAGCAGGAGUGGUGCAACAGCAGCUUCAGGGAAGGGCUCUGGAGGCUGCUGGAGCUUUCCAGGAAACCCAUCUUCAUCGUCUUCGAGAGCCAGUACCGGGAGAUCACUCACCCCGCCAUCACCCUGCUGAAGCAGCACCGAAGCGCGGUGACCCUGCUGGUGUGGAGAGCCGGCUCCAUGACCCCAUCGUCGGACUUCUGGAAGGAGCUGUGCCUGGCCCUGCCGCGCAAGGUGUCCUUCCCGGCGGGAAGGAGCGUGGGGGACCCGCAGACCCAGCUGCAGGAGGACAAGGACCCCAUGCUGAUCCUGCACAGCAGCUACCUGGACAGCGCGGGAGACCUGGACCCCGACGGGGACCUCGGCACAGGCCUCCGAGGGCGCAUCUUCGGCAGCCCCCCGCCCCCCCGCCUCGGUGGGCCCGGCAUUCUCAGGGCUCCAGGCUCCAGCGGGAUGGAGGAGGCACAGCUGAGGAAUGGGCAGCGCUCCGAGAUCGACGUCUCGGACCUGGGGUCGCGCAACUACGGUGCCCGCACGGACUUCUACUGCCUGGUGACAGAGGAUGACAUCUGAGCAGGACCACAGGUGUCCCCCAGCCCGGUGGGGACACACGGACCAGGUCAGGGCUGAGGAGCCCGGAGUUAUGAUGGGAUCAGAGCCAUGGCCGUGCUGGGAAAGCAAGAGCUGGCUCCAGAGUGGAGGACUGGAAAACCAUCACCAGGAGCACCCUGCCUGUAAUACCUCAGUGCCACCCCUGGGCGCCACCCAUGUGGCUGGGCCGUGUCCCUUGCCGUGGGUGGCAGGUAUGUUCUUCCUGCACGAUGGACAGUGCUGGGAUGGGUGAUGCUCUCCGAGGAACAACGUGUCCCAGCCCCAGGGAGUGCCCGACAGAGGAGUGGUGGCAGCACCUUUGUCCCAUAUGGAAACCCCCGUGACAAUAAAAGGCUGCUGCACCCACUGCGUCUGUCCAUGAUAGGGACACAGGUGACACAGAGGGAGGGGCAUUCCCCACUACAGGCAGUGCUUAGAUCUGUCCUUCCCCAGCCAGUGUCACUGUCACACUAACUUGGAGCCAUGCCAGGCACAGAGCCUCACCCUGUGCUGGUGUCUCCAUGGCACUGCUGUCACCAGGACACUGUCCCCCCUCUCCCAGAUGCCAUCCAAAUGCAGGCGCAGGUGGGCAUCACUCAAGGCCUUUAUUUCAGGGGUACACAGGGCGGGGGGUUGUACACAGAGAGCUGCAGAGCCAAACACCCCAUGCCCCGAGCCUGGACUGUGCCGGUGCUGCUCCCCGUGGGGGCUGCUCCAGCCUCUCCGCCCGCUCCCCCCAUCCUCCCACCCCUCUACCUACUCUAUAU